ACAGAAGUCCACCCUCUGAGCCGGCUGCCCCGAACUCAGCUCCGCAGUCCCAGCCCUGGAAAACUGAUUCCAGCAUCUGAGAGCCGAGAUGCCGGCCCACUUGCUGCAAGAGGAGAUGUCUAGCUCCUACACAACCACCACCACCAUCACAGCGCCUCCCUCCAAAAUCCUGCAGAAUGGAGGAGGCAAGUUGGAGAAGGCUUUGCUACACUUGGAGGAAGACAUCCGCCCGGAAAUGAAGGAUGAUAUCUACGACCCAACCUACAAGGACAAGGAGGGUCCAAGGCCCAAGACUGUGUAUGUCUGGAGAAACAUCAUCCUUAUGUCUUUGCUACAUUUGGGAGCCCUGUAUGGGAUCACACUGGUUCCCACCUGCAAGCUCUACACCUGGCUCUGGGGGGUGUUCUACUAUUUCAUGAGUGCCCUGGGCAUAACAGCAGGAGCUCAUCGCCUGUGGAGCCACCGAACUUACAAAGCUCGGCUGCCCCUGCGGGUCUUCUUGGUCAUUGCGAACACAAUGGCGUUCCAGAAUGACAUUUUUGAAUGGGCCCGAGACCACCGUGUCCACCACAAGUUUUCUGAAACGGAUGCUGAUCCUCACAAUUCCCGACGUGGCUUUUUCUUCUCUCACGUGGGUUGGCUGCUCGUGCGCAAACACCCGGCUGUCAAAGAGAAGGGCGGUUUGCUGGACUUGUCUGACCUAAAAGCUGAGAAGAUGUUAAUGUUCCAGAGGAAAUACUACAAACCCGCUAUCCUGUUGAUGUGCUUCAUCCUGCCUACCCUUGUGCCAUGGUAUUUUUGGGGUGAAACUUUCAAACACAGCUUGUUUGUUGCCACUUUCCUUCGUUACACCAUCGUGCUCAAUGCCACCUGGCUGGUGAACAGUGCCGCCCACCUUUACGGCUAUCGCCCUUAUGAUAAGAACAUUGGCCCUCGAGAGAAUAUCCUGGUUUCACUGGGAGCUGCGGGUGAGGGCUUCCACAACUACCACCACUCCUUUCCCUACGACUACGCCACCAGCGAGUACCGUUGGCACAUCAACUUCACCACCUUCUUCAUCGACUGCAUGGCUGCCCUCGGUCUGGCUUAUGACCGAAAAAAAGUGUCCAAGGCCGCCAUCCUGGCCAGGGUUAAGAGAACUGGAGAUGGAAGUUACAAGAGUGGCUGAGUUUUGAGUCCCUCAGGUUCCUUUUUCAAAAGCCAGUGGGGCAGAGGUUUAAUGUUCUGUUUAUCAACUACUGAAUAAUGCUAACACGAUGCUAAAGAUGAUGACAUUAACCCAUUCCAGUACAGCAUUCUUUUAAAAAUGCAAAAGUAUUGAAAGCCAACAACUCUGCCUUGAUGAUGCUAAGCUGAUAUUCUCAUUUCUUCUCUCCCUUCUAGUUCCAUUGUCCAUCUCUUUGCUUUAUUCUUAUCACCUUCCUUUCUCUUCUCCCUCAUUGCCUCCCAGGCAAGCAGCUGGUCAGUCAAAUUUCCAAAGCGUAGACAACCUUUCUAUAGUUGAUUAUCUUCAGCUCAGGCUUUUGCUAGUUGGAAUAGAAAAUUAUUUGGCACAAGGCUUUUCUAAGCAGGUAGAUCAUCAGGGGAGAGAGGGAGCAUACAUAGCACAGUCAAUAAAUAAGGAUGGGAAUGGGGUGAGAAACAAGGCAAGAGGAAUCUCCUGCCAUGCUCAGAUCUACAACUGCAUAUCUAGUGACGACUUCAAGCCCCACCACACAGCAUGCUUCCUUUCUCUCCUGACUGAGCAGGGAAUGGCCCUGGAGCUUGGCAAUACUAGAACACAAAAGCAAGUUUCAAGGUUUUGAUAUGGUUUAGGCUAGGGAUAAAGAAAAAGCUUUUAGUUUGCAGUAAAAUUGGUCUCUGCUGGGGAAGGAUUUUUUUUUUUUUUUUCCCUUCCCUUACAUAACAGGAAGAUUUCUUAUUUCAUGUAACAAGAAGUCUUGAGAUUGGAUGUCUCCAGAAUUAGUGAAUCUAGCAGCUUAUGGAAUCAUCAAAGUUCUUUCAUCUUUCUGCCCUGCCAUCAUUAGAAUAUUGGUCAGCUCCACUCGUAAUUUCAAGAUGGCUGUAGCAUUUCCAAACAUCCAAAAAAGGAAGCAUUUUAGGAGGUGAAGUUGGGCCAAAUAUUUUAUAUACAUGUAUAUACUUUGCUUGGAGCACUAAAAUAUUUCACUUAGAGGGAGCCCUAAAAGAGGGAUACUUGAAGAAACUUGAAGGAGUUGUCUCCUUCCCCAUUACUGCUAGACAGAGGAUGGAGGGCUUAAGGGGCAGAAUCUGAGGCAGUUCCUUAGAGGUAACUUUAUAAAGGAAGGCCUCUAAGAACACAUUGCCAGGGGAUUCAGAAGGUUUCUGAGUAUGCUAUUGGGUGUCCUGAUUUAAAAAAUAGUUAUACAAACAAGUUAGAUUCAUUAAUUUGAUUUCUCCUUGGAAUGGGUAAAAACGUCUCCCCUGUAUCACCGCCUUUUACUCUUUCCUUGCUCUGUUAACAUCUAGCCUAGAGUAUAGAACUCCUGGGGGACGAGGCAGGAAUCCCUUUGAUUCUUGUUUCCUGGUUUUUCCCCUUCUGUCCCUGUCUCUCUCUUCCCUGACAUUGCCUUCUUUCUCUGGACAGGUAGCCUUCUUUGUAUUGACCCAGAGGUCGGAUGGCUCUUGGUGUUCAGGUAGUUCCCUCUCCUACAGACAGAAAUGCUCAGGGUCACUGAACCACUGUUUCUCCUUACACAAAGCAGCUAGCCGCUAUUUUCAUUUGGCCUCCAGGGUGAUUCCACCUUACACCCCUGCAUUCCCCUGCCACACUGAUGACUCAAGACAGGGCUAGCAAACCAUACUAGAAACGUCCUUAGCUCAGAGAGGCUCUCUCUCAUAAGGCACAGCCAAGCCAAAUGCCCGUGCUGUGCCAGUGAACCAGCCAUAGAGGAAAAGAGGGUUUGUUUUCAGUCUCCCGUGUCAGGGUCAGAACCAGUGAGCAGGCUGGAUGCCCCCUGCUUGCUCAGUAAAUCUGCCCAGUCUGAGUCAGUGCUCCCAGCUGACAGUACAGUGCUUGCAGAAGUAGGAGGGAGCCUGGUCUUCACUGGGGAUAUGCAAGAAGCAAAAGCGAGUUCCAAACUGCCUCACUUUGAAGGGAGGCCCUGUUCCCUGGAAUGAGGGUGUGCUGCAAAGCUUCCACAGGGACUCGGAUCUGAGAUACCAUGAAACUUGCUGAACAGACUCUUAAGCAAACCAGCAUUCUCCACAACACAGUCUAGGGCAGACAAUAGCAUAGAAUACGUCUGAAACAAAAUAUCAGUGCUUUGAGAACUUUGGAACACUCCUGUCCCUGUACCUCAGUAGUUAAUGCAGAAACUUGACUUUUUACUCUGAUUGCAAUUAUACAACACCAAAUACUCUGUCCCCUGUUAAGCCCCAAUGGUGGAAGGGAAGACAUCCUUUUUUCUUCUGUUAAUUGAAUAGAGGCUACAGGGGUUAGCCUGCACUCCAGGCAUCCUAUUUUUUGAGCUGAUCAUCUCAGUCAGAAAGAAUUGAAUGGAAAAUCACUAGUUUAGAUCUGCUGGCCUAUGUGCACCUACCCCUUGGAAAUCUCUGUCGGGUGGUUUUAAUCCCACAGGUUAUCAGGUGCCUGCUUUAUAGCAUAAGAACAAUAAAAACAACUUUCUCUUCUAACUGUGUUCAUGGAUCUGAUCCAUACCAUGAUGCUACACAAGGCUGGGCCAAGUUCCUCAGGCUGAGGGCCCCAGUGCGUAUGGGGGUGUGUAGGUGGGGGUAUAUCUGCCGAAUAAGGAACACUAUUUUGAAGAUUCUAAAAGCUCAGUUCAAGUAACACAUUAAUGAUCUAGAAACUCACAUCUGAUCAAGAGUCUGAAUUUCUCACAGCCCUUGCUUUGUGGGUGUGCUGACAACUUACUUGGGUGCCUUACAUCUUUUCUAAUCAGUGUCGCAUAUGAGCCUACCCUCUGCUCCUUCCCCUUGCUCCCUCUGUGGCGGUCCUUUGCACCUGAGAGAUUACAGAAGUGGGUGGCGGAAAAAGGGGCCUGCCUGGAGAAUUUUCAGUAUAGCUAUUUGCAGGAUUCCCUUCUGGGCUUCAUUCUGGAAACUCUUCUUAGGGCUGUUCUAUUAUUGAGUGCCCAUAUUUGAUGGAGGGUGGAAGUAAUUUGAAUGUAUUGGAUUUAUAAUUUUUUUAGAUUAAAAUAUGGUGGUAGCAUUUAAAAUGGAAAAUUUUCUCCUUGGUUUGCUAGUAUCCUGAGUGUAUUCUCUGUAAGUGUAACUCGAAUGGGUCAGCAUGAGAGGUUGAAGAAACCAAUGUGGCAAUGUUACGCUGGUGGUCAAGGCCAGGACCUCUCCUACCACUGUGCCACUGACUUGCUAUGUGACUCUGGGCAAGUCACUUAACUACAAUGUGCCUCAGUUUUCCUUCUGUUAAAAUGGGGAUAAUAAUACUGACCUACCUCAAAGGGCAGUUUUGAGGAGUGAGUAAUGCUUUUUAUAAAGCAUCUUGGGAUCUUUUGGCAGAGGAAUUCUCUUAAGUCCUGAGUUUUUUUUAAUAGCAGCAGUAUCCACCGUGAACUUAACAUGUCCAUGUCCUGAAUGGUAUCAUUAGUCUCUAUGGUUUUCUCCAAGGGAUCGAAUGAGUCCAUUGGAUAGGUGGUGGAUGACUAGCCACACAAAGUUUGAGAGUGCAUAAACUCAUUGCCAUGGAUACAUACACAAGGUACCUUUCCUUGACUGGAUGAGAUUUUUCCCUUUUUAUGUGGGAUAGUAGUUAUUUGUGACCUAAGAUAAUUUUGGAAUAAUUUCUAUUAAUAUCAACUCCGAAGCUAGCUGUACUGAUCUGAGAUUGUGUUUGUUCAUAAUAAAGGUGAAGUGAAUCUGA